UUGGACGCGCCGGGUGUUCCUGUGCGUAAUGGUUGUGUGGAGAGAAGUUUGGGCUGGAUUCUAGAGGGUGUGAGGAGGGUAUUUCACCUCUUCCGGUCCCUUCGCCUGAACGCCGUCCUCAGCAGCACCAUACCAGAGGACGAGCAAGGAAAGCAGGAUUCAAAGGCAGCAGUCGUCCUGAACUUGGACUACGAACCGUUCCUAUGGUGGCCGGUCAACACCUGGCCAUGGGCAACGGUUUGAUUAAAGCCCCGCAGGCUGAAGAGACCAGCUGCCUGGCCUCCACCAGAGACCUGGCCUCCACCAGAGACCUGGACUCCACCAGAGACCUGGCCUCCACCAGAGACCUGGCCUCCACCAGAGACCUCCCCGCCUGGGACGUAGAACCCCUGAGGUUGCGGAUUGCCCACCUGGAAGAAGAGCUGGCGCGCCGGGACCAGGAGUUUCGUGCCCAGGAGCAACAACUGCAGAAUCUCCAGAGGGAGCUGGAGGCCAAGAUCUCCCAGAUUGAGAAGCUCCAGGAUGCCAUCGGCUACAACAAACUGGGCCGCUCCUUGCUGGCCUCCAGGCGCCAGAGCCAGCAGCUGCUCAGCGUCAUCAACCAGGGCCCAAGCCGCUUCCACAGGGUGGCUGUGGAGGUCCACCGCAGACUCAAGGCUAAGGAAGGUGUCUCGGCCGAGCCCACCUCAGAGAACUUCUACAGGAGACUCGUAGCACCACACAUCUCUAAGGAGAGGACCUUUGCUUGCAAAGAUUCCUUCACCAAGAAACUCAUCAGUGAUGCCUUCAUGAACAAUGACUUUCUGAAGAAGCUGGAGCCACAGCACAUGAGGGAAAUGGUGGACUGCAUGUACGAGAGAGUCUACAGCGAGGGACAACUUGUCAUCCAGGAGGGAGAGUCUGGGAACUACCUGUAUGUUGUGGCAGAGGGCUUGUUAGAGGUCAUGCAGAACGGUAAACUGCUGGGGGAGAUGAAUCCAGGGACGGCAUUUGGAGAACUGGCCAUACUUUACAACUGUAAAAGAACAGCAACUGUUAAAGCUGUGUCCCAGUCUCAUAUCUGGUCACUGGACCGUCAGACCUUCCAAGCAAUCAUGAUGAGAACAACCCAGGCCAGACAAGACGAGUACUUCCGCUUUUUACGCAGUGUAUCUCUACUCAGAGACUUACCUGAAGAGAAACUGGCAAAAAUUGUUGAUUGUCUUGAAGUGGAUUAUUUCGAUAAAGGAGAGUACAUCAUCCGAGAGGGGGAGGAGGGGAACACUUUCUUCAUCAUAGCAAAAGGAGAGGUAUCUGUCACUCAGACAUCUGAAGGACACGCGGAGCCUCAGGAAAUCAAGACGCUGGGUGUCGGGGACUAUUUUGGGGAGAAAGCCCUCAUCUGUGAAGAUGUGCGUUCAGCCAACGUCAUCUGCCAGCAGGACCACACACACUGCCUGGUGCUGGACAGAGACAACUUCAACCAGAUGGUGGGAACCUACGAGGAGCUUCAGGCUUACUUAAAGGAGUAUGUGACGCAGCUUUCCCGCAGUGAUGAGAGGAGGAACGCUGUGCCCCAGUCCCCUCAGACGGAGCCUCCAGGUGCCCAGCAGUGGAGGAGACUGAGGGAGAGACUAGCAGCUCUGCCUUCCCAUCAGCCCUUCCAGGAGCUGGAGGUCAUAGCCACGCUGGGCGUGGGCGGCUUCGGACGCGUGGAGCUGGUGAAGCUGAGUAAUGAGGACGCCACCUUUGCUCUGAAGUGCAUCAAGAAGAAACAUAUUGUGGAAACCAGACAGCAGGAGCAUGUCUUCUCUGAAAAGAACAUCCUCCAGCAGACCAACUCACGCUUCAUAGUCAGGUUGUUCCGAACAUUUCGGGAUGAUAAGUUUGUGUACCUGCUGCUGGAGGCGUGUUUGGGCGGGGAGCUCUGGAGUGUGUUACGAGACAUGAGUUGCUUUGACGAGUCCACGGCCCGGUUCUGUAUUGGCUGCGUCCUGGAGGCCUUUGACCAUCUUCACGUUAGGGGUAUCAUCUACAGGGAUUUAAAACCAGAGAACCUGCUGCUGGAUUCUGAGGGUUAUGUCAAAAUGGCUGAUUUUGGUUUUGCCAAAAAGAUUGGCAUGGGGAAGAAGACCUGGACAUUCUGCGGGACUCCAGAGUACGUGGCCCCGGAGGUCAUCAUGAAUAAGGGCCACGACUUCGGAGCGGAUUGCUGGUCACUGGGAAUCCUCAUCUUUGAGCUCCUAACUGGAAAUCCUCCUUUUGCUGGCUCAGAUCCCAUAAAGAUCUACACCAUGGUCCUCCACGGCAUCGAGAAAGUGGACUUUCCAAAGAGAAUAGGGAAACGUCCUGAUGACCUCAUCAGGAGACUCUGCAGGCUGAACCCUGUGGAGCGGCUGGGCAACAAAAAGAACGGCAUCGUCGACAUAAAGAAACACAAGUGGUUUCAGGGGUUCAACUGGGAAGGUCUGAAGCAUCAGAAGCUCUUGUCUCCACUGCGGAGAGAGCUGAAAGGACCAACGGACCACAGCCAUUUUGACAUGUUCCCUCCGGACACUGAAGAGCCACCGGAUGAGUUGUCCGGCUGGGACAAAGACUUCUGA